AAAAGUAGAAGCACGAGUGAAAUGAUAAUGUUCUGGAUUUUGACUACUCUGGUUGUUACUGCACUGGCACAGCAUAAUCCAUGCACAACAGAGACAUUUGAGCAAUGGCCCGAUCCCGAUGAUUGUAGAGGAUAUAUUCUUUGCAUACAGGGCGAACCGUUCCCUCAACAGUGUGGAGAUGGAUUAAGUUUUGACGUUAUAACAAAUAGUUGCUUCCCAGAAGCGGACGCGGUUUGCAUCAAGGACAUAGCCACUCCACCCACACCGGAGGUUUCUACGACGUCGCCAGCUUUAACUACCUCUACUGCCUCCCCUAUUAUUACUCCCUCUACUGUCACCACUCCUACAACAACUCCAGGUACAAUUCCUACUACGGCACUAACCCCUGCAACUACCACGGUUACAACGACUCCCUUUACCACCUACCCAAUUCCAACGACUUCCACUACCAUCACAGUUCCAACGGCUCCCACCCUAGUUCCAACGGCUCCCACUGGAAGUACCCAGGCUCCAACGGCUCCCACUGCAAGUACUCAGGCUCCAACGGCUCCAACUGGAAGUACCCAGGCUCCAACUCCCACUCCAGCUCCUACUACUCCAGCUCCUACUACUCCAGCUCCUACCACUCAAGCUCCUACUACAGCUGCUCCUAUUCCUACAACCACUUGGAAUCCAACUCCAGCUCCCACCCCAGUACCAACUCCGCCGAGCGGAGGUACCCCGGAAUGCCUGCCGCAUCAGGUGUUCUUCGCCCCGCAUGCGGACUGCACAAAAUUCUACCAGUGCCACUUUGGCCAGCUGCACGUACUGUCCUGCCCUCCAAAUCAGUACUGGAACCAGGACAGGGAGCACUGUGAUCAUCCGUUCAACGUUCAAUGUCCAGCUGGGUUCUGAUCGCGCUUGGUGAUACACGAAAAGGAAUUUUA